UGAGAGUUGUCGGAAUUAGCAGCACGCUUGUCUCCUUCGCCAUUCUAAACCAUGGCAAGUAGGCUGUCUGGUGCUUUCCGAUCAAAGUUUGUGGUGCCUAAUCUCGAUAUUUUGCGAUGGUUUCCCGGACAUAUGCACAAAGGAAUAGAUCGAAUGCAAGCAAGACUGAAGGACAUUGAUUGUAUUAUUGAGGUGCACGAUGCUAGGAUACCUUUCUCAGGUCGAGAUUCCAAGUUCCGCUCAUUUAUGCAGCAACGUCCUCAUAUUUUGCUGCUGAACAAAUGUGAUCUUGUAGAAGAGAAAGACAUUCGUGAGUUGCAGAUUAUAGAGAAACUGCAAAGGGAAGGUGUCCACGUCGUGUUUCUUACUGACUUGAGGCAAUACGAAAAGUGUGACAUUCUUCGAAAUAAAAUUUUGCCUGUGGUGAGAGAGCUGACUGAUUCAAGACCCAGGUACAACAGAGAGGGUUUGAAAGAGUACAAUAUCAUGGUGAUUGGAGUCCCAAACGUUGGCAAAUCUACUUUCAUUAACACUGUCCGCUGGGCCAAUGCUCCUAAAAAAGGGAGAGCGGUAAGUGUUGGAAACAAAGCUGGAGUAACUCGUAGUGUGUCUUCGAAGGUAAAGAUAGAAAGCAACCCACCUAUUUACAUUGUGGAUACCCCUGGUAUUCUUACUCCUCAUAUUCCAAAUAUCGAAAACGGGAUGCGAUUAGCUCUGUGUUCUUGUUUGCCUGAUCAUUUAGUAGGCGAGGAAAACAUAGUAGAUUAUCUUCUUUUCUGGAUGAAUAAAAGAGGCAAGUUUUCAUAUGUGGACUUCUUCUGUGUUGAUGAGCCAAUUGACAAUGCUGUCAUGUUUUUAGUCAAAGUUGCCACCAAGAAGAAUUUAUUGAAGCGAGUCCUGGAUCUUGCAACACACCAGUAUGUUAUAAAACCUGACAUUGUUCAAGCAGCAGUGCUAGUUUUGAAAGCUUUUAGAAGUGGACAGUUAGGAAAAUUUGUUUUGGAUGAUAAUGUAUGACAAGUAUGAAAUAUCUUUCACACGAGUGUUGACCAGCUGUGUGCUUUUUAAUUAUAAAUAUAAAAUUAUAUUUUCAGAGUGAAAAGAGUUCAUGAUUGCAUGGCUGGUUAUUUGAAAGUGCUUGUUAAAAUGAGCAGCAUUGAACAUGAUCUAUUCAGAGCAGCCACAGAACAGCCAGAUGAAAAUGAUGUGUAUUGAUUUUUUUCUGACUUCCAAGAUUUAAAACGACUGUGGAGAUGCUUAUUAUCAUUGUAUGUUAAAUAAAAAUUGAAUUUUUAAUAAGACCA